AUGGAUCCACUGCAGCUGCAACCUCUGUCCUGCGUUGCGGAGUUUACGACUUCGGCUACUGCUUUUCUCGGAGUUGGGACGUUUAUCAUGGUUCUACUGACCUUAUUCAAAUUGGUAAACAAUUCGGAACUCAAAUAUCGGUUGCAUUAUGGUUCUGACCCUCCCCGGAUUUGCUGCGCUCCGCUGCCUCACGCCAAACCUGGACUUUCGUGGGAUCCAUGACACAAUUUUCCUACCCCCACUGUCUCACAACCGUACUAUUUCGCCAACUGGUUUGGCAACAAACGCCUUUGGACCUUACUUUCAAAUAUGCAUCCUAUAUGAGCACGUUUGGUUUUGCAUUCUGCUCAUGUUCACGUGUUAUGCAACAUGGAUAACAUUUCCAAUUUAUCUUCUCAUUUGCUUGAUUAUGGGGUAUCUACUUCUCACAACGG